UGAAACUAGCCGUUGUUCUGGCGCUCAUGGCCGCCGUGACCUGCUUCCAGUUGGAUAGUCAGUGGGCCAAGUUCAAGGCCACCUACAAGAAAAAUUACAAGGACCCUCGCGAGGAAAUAAUGAGGCGUAAGAUUUGGGAGACCAAUCUUCAGCGCAUCGAACAGCACAACGCCAAGUACGAGAAAGGUGAAUACAGCUAUUAUCUUGGUGUCAACAAAUAUACUGAUAUGAACGAGCAAGAGUUCUCCGAGACCAUGAAUGGGUACCGCCGUUCUAACAAGAAUAAACACAGCAAUCUCUUACAUGUGGCUGGUGACGUGAAAGACUUACCUGAUGAGGUAGACUGGAGAACCGAAGGUUACGUCACAGACGUCAAGGAUCAGGGAGUUUGCGGAUCUUGCUGGGCGUUCGCUACCACAGGCGCCGUAGAAGGUCAGAACUUCAAGAAAACUGGAACCCUUACAUCACUGUCAGAGCAGAACCUGGUAGAUUGUUCUGGGAAAUUCGGCAACAAUGGCUGCAAUGGCGGACUCAUGCCGUAUGCCUACGAGUAUAUCAAAGAGAACGACGGAAUUGAUACUGAAGCCUCGUACCCGUACGAGGGCGUUGAAAGUUUCUGUCGCUUCCAACCCUCCAACGUCGGCGCUAACGUGACCGGGUAUAUUGAAGUCAGGUACGAGGAUGAGGACGCUCUACAGGAUGCUGUGGCUAACGUAGGACCAGUCUCCGUCGCCAUACACGUCACUUCUAAAUUUCAGCAAUACAGCGGUGGUGUUUUCUACGACACUGACUGUAACCCUGACCUUGUUGACCACGCCGUUCUGGUUGUUGGCUACGGCACCUACCAGGGGGAUGAGUACUGGCUGGUCAAGAACAGCUGGGGUGAAUCAUGGGGGAUCAAGGGCUACAUCAUGAUGGCCAGAAACAAGAACAAUCACUGCGGUAUCGCCACGGCCGCAAGUUACCCGACAGUUUAG